CCGGAAAUGUCUGGGGGACCUAUUAUAGUGUUGCACAAGCAGAUCAGGCUGUCGCAAAAAUGGCUGACCAGAAACCGACUGUGGAUCCCGAAGUCCCUUUUGCAAAGAGGAUAGAUCCAAACAAGGAGGACCUUACCAGGGACGAGUUCUACUUUAUCAGACAAGUGGAGCUCGCGCAAUGGAAGAAGAAAUCGCAGCAACUCAGGGGCCGUAAUAUUGCAACAGGACUUGCUAUCGGAGCCAUUGUAAUGGGUAUUUAUGGCUACACGUUUUACUCAGUGAAACAGGAGAAGAUUAUGGAUGAGCUGGAUGAGGAGGCCAAGGUCGCGAGGAUGAGGGGGGCAAAGACGGGCGCCAACUGACUUGGCGAUCAGAUGGACUGAGCUCAGAUCGACUGUGUGCUGUGCCACUGAUCCUAUCGCCUGUAGGCCUACUUGCACUGGAAGGGACUAAUGCUGACAAAUGCUGGUGCUACAUCUUAUUCCACUGCUAGCCACUGUCAAGGCAGCAUCGGACCCUGUUUUGCCCUGGAUAUGUAGACUUUUAUGUGGUUGUGUUGCUGACUUAAGUGUCUUCAUGGUGAUUAAACAUGCUUGUCUGUAGAAAGAAUUAUCUUCUGCCCCCGAUUAACCCCUUACAAUUUCAGGAUCCUGGGUCUUGUUCAUUAGGCACCAAGCGGACGGCAACGGGAGGCAACAUUUUUUUAAAUGGUUUCUGUUAAGUGCCCCAAUGAACAUUACCCUAUUCUCCUUCCUUUUCUUCCCAACGAGUAGGCACUUGUGUAGAAUUAUUUGUAUUCCCUUCAAAUCAGCAUCAAAUGAUUUCUCCCAAAACUCUAAAACUAAUUCAACCUCAUGUCUAUCAGUAAUGUUAAUUCUACAGUGGCCUUGGAAUAGGUGGGAUAAGAAUUAGAACAGCUCAACUGAGACAAAGAAACACAUUUAUAUUGAAAUAUAUUUAUGUUGAUAAAGGAUUGAGUUGUACAUUUGUUAUUAUGUAUUUGUUUUUUCACAACAAUAAAUGACAUCUUAUAGCAA